AGACCGACCGACUCUUUUGAUCCCUGCCAUCCAUCCAUCAAUUCGCAACAACCCGUCGCAUCUCUCUGCUGCUUCUCUCGUCGUCGCCGCAGCAUUCGCGCACCUUCUCAGGACCACCCACCCUAUCAUUCACAGUAGUCGCGUCCGCGCGCAUCGACCUUCAGCAUGGCGGCCGCAAACAAGCAGGGCAAGAUGCAGGGCCUGAUCAACUACCGCCUUCGCGUUACCAUGAUGGACGGACGUCAGAUGGCCGGCCAGAUGCUCGCCUUCGAUAAGCAUAUGAAUCUCGUCCUCGCAGACACUGAGGAGUUCCGCCGAGUAAAGCGCAAGCCCACAAAGUCGGCAGCUCCUGGACAGGCAGAGCCUCAGUUCGUCGAGACGGAGGAGAAGCGCACUCUCGGCCUCACCAUCGUCCGUGGUGCUCACAUUGUCGCCUCUACCGUCGAGGGUCCCCCGCCCGCAGAUCCCUCAGCAAGACUGGCCAAGGACGGUCCUGCUGGUCCCGGCGCUCCCACUAUGACUGCUGGCCCUGGUAUUACUCGUCCUGCCGGCAGAGGUCUUCCCCCAACUGGUCUUACUGGCCCCGCUGCAGGUGUCGGCGGCCCCGCUCCUGGUUUCGGUUUCCCCGGUGCUCCUGGAGGCUUCCCUGGCGCUCCCCCACCAGGCUUCGGUGGUAGAGGCGGUCCUCCCGGUUUCCAAGGUCCUCCUCCUGGUUUCCCUGGCGCUCCUGGCGGCGCUCCUCCUGGUUUCGGUGCACCUCCUGGCUUCCAGCCUCCUCCUGGACAGGGCAGAGGCUUUCCUCCACCAGGCUUCGGUGGUCGUUGAAACUCACCAUGACGAUAUCCGACCGAUACGCAACCACAAUAAACAAAUCAAACGUCCCUGCCCGAGGGGCGGCAAGACGAUAUACACGUCACGACUCAGGGCGCAGAGAUAUACCAGCGCUUGGAAACAGGCGAGAUUGGCCGGAGCAAGGCAGACGCUCUGUCGAGCGGCGAAGGCAGCUUCAUCACUUCCGGGAAAAGGCGCGUGGCGCAAAAGUCACAAAACUGUGUAAAAGAAGUAUUUCUGUUCUCAUCAAAAUCUUUCAAUUUCUUCAGAUUUCAAUAUUCUCGAGAUGGCUGUGUUGAGUGAUGUUAUUCAAUCCUUUCUGGCUGCUCUGCUCUGCUCGAGCAACAUCUAGUGAGAUCUACUUCUUCCUUCCCACUUUCAAGUAACACCAGAUUUCACGGCGUUCCUUGCACAUCUUUCUUCGCUCAGCUCUCGUUAUCAUGAAUCUUCACGGC